AUGGUUGAAGAACCUAUGUUGAUGCAGAUCCCUCCUGAGAUUCGCAUGUUGAUAUACGACUAUCUCCUUGACAAUGGCGGAACAAAAGACAUAUCGAUCCGAAACCAAACGAGGAGUGAAUAUGAGGCGCGCUGCUCCAAGAGUCAACGCUCAGCGUACCAUGUAAUGGAGCGGACUGUCGCGAAGAAGUCAAUCCAAACGACAUAUUGCGCCGACCCCGAACCCCAUCGAGUGAUGCACACCGCGAUCAUGCACAUCAACAGGAAAAUUCGAGAGGAAGCGUCUCAUUUCCUGUACACGAGACAUGCCUUCCAUUUUGGAGAAGACCUCGAGGCCGUGGUGCCCUUUCUCACCGAUAAGACGCCACGCACUAGAGACAUAGUCCGCGAAAUCAGCCUUUACAAGAGCAGCCCGACAAAUGCUGUAGAGCCAGGUUCAUACGACUGGCCUUCUGUUUGUCGUUCGUUACGGAGCUUGCAAAGCUUGGAUAAGCUGACGCUUGUCAUUGAAGGCGCUCGGCCACGAGGGCCUUGGGACGGCCCACAGAGCUUGACAGUGUCUGACUUUCGCCUAUUAUACACAACUCGCCAUGAGAGCCUGGAGUGGGCGCGGGAACUGGCUUCUAUCAGGUCGAUCAAAGAGGUGGUGAUUGUGGCAGAUAUUCAUAACUUACCGCACCCCGAAUCGAACAUGAUGCUGGUCCUUGCCGCAUUCUCAUCCUCGAUUGAUACGUCGUUGGUGGACUUUCUCCGCGAUGAUCUUGGGAUUCCCGCUCGAGUUGGACAACCACAAUAUUGCGGUGUUGGAGUAUUUGGUCGAUCCAGGAAAUGCCAACGGAAUGGGUGUUUGACAAGUUAA